AUGGUGACAUCAGAUGCUAAGGACAACAUGUUGAUCGAAAACGAGUUUUUGACGCCGCGGCAUCAGACAGUGGGGGUUAAUCUUUCCGCUGAGGUUCCGGUCCCGUUCGUUCUCGGCCUCGAGAUCACAGAUAGAGCACCUUUUUUGGUCACGGUUGCCCAAGAGGGAAAGUAUGGUGCCCAGUGUGGUGUGGUUAGAGGAGAUGUCCUGCAUUGCAUCAACGGCAAGGCAUGUGAUCGUAUGGAUCUCGAUGAGCUUUUGAUCGAGUUGAGGCAGCGUCCGAUGAGUCUCUAUUGUCGUCGAUUUGAUCACACAAGGAAGGCACGACGCCCACCUGGAGGCCCUAUCACAUUCAACAGGCUGUUCCGGGGACGGCCAGUUUCGGGCAGAGCUGAAAAAGCUGCAGCGAUACACUAUCAGAGACAACGUAUGGGCAUGACGACGAUAGACACUAUCCCAUCAAGGCCCUCGGCGACUCGGCCACUAGCCAAGUCGAUUCGUCCGUUGAGGCAUCUGAACCGAGCUGAGGAAGUGCAUGGACCAACCAUAGAUCCUGGACACUAUCCACAGUCCUCUAGUGAUACUCGAUCGGAGUCAGUUGAGCGUGGUCGACGAUACGAUGGCUCACGAGAGCACGACAAGUCACAAGUGGCCAAGCAGGAUGGCAGGGAUGGGGUAUCGGAACGCAUUGGGGGAGCAUCUGACGCUAGGAAGGGACAAUCAACAAGUCGUGCCCAGGAUCCCCCGAGGUUGCAAGUGCAAUCGGAAUCUGCCACCGUGAACGAGCAUGCUGCGACUGUUAGCGGUAAGGCCCCAGGUGUGAAGAGAGCCGAAGGCGCGACAAAGAGGGAGGCGAAAAGCCCAGUAGCGCCUGUUGGUACGGCUGGGACGGACAAGGCUGGCAGAUCAGCACAGAAGUCUGCUUUAGCUUCGAAGUCUUCAGCUGCUAACUGUAAGGACGGAGCGGAGCGCGUCGGGAAGAUCACUGUUGAUGAAGCGAAUGAUUACGAUGAGGACUUUGAGUCAGACAAGGAGAGUUUGGAUGAGGAGCAUCGUGAAGGCGGAGCCCUGGCAGCAGUCACGACUCACCAACAGGCUGACUCGUCACCUCCAGCCCCCACUGGUGACGCUCACGUUCAACCGAAAUCAGAGGGCAUUCCCGGCCCUACGGAUACGGCUAGUACUACGGCCAUUACGGACGAGACUCAGAAGGCUGUUGCUGGUGGCAGCAUAAGCGCGAGAAAGUCGCCGCCAUCCUCAGACGUUGGUGAUGUCCACGCCUCACCAGUGAGCGAUAUAGAGAGCAUUGAUGGAGAUGCUAAAGUCGAGACCGAUUUCGAGCCUAAGGAACAGUCUAGACCUGCCGAGGCUGCCGCUGAGGGGCGCGCUAUUGAAAAAGAGGAACCUGCACUUGUAUCCAUUCACGACGAUGGUAACAGCCGUGUGCUGGCCGAGGAGAAGGAACAACCGACGGGAGCUGCCGGAGAAGCUGUAACCGAUUUGGUAGCCCCAGGAGAGGCAACUGACGCUCCUGCUGGAAAAGACACCUCCACUUCGAAAAGUGAGAAUAAUGAGAAUUCAGCGGAGGAGUCGCAUGAGGCAGACACCAAUCUUGAGGAUACCAACGGGGGAAUGCAACUGGAGGAUGUCGGCAAGAAUAGUCAUUCGGAAAGGGCAAACGAAGAGCUGGCCUCCUGCGAUGCUGACAUGGUGGCCCAACAAGCGUCAGAUGUCACUUCCCCGACUGCGCAGGGUGCCCCUGUCGAAGACGAUAGGGGCCGG